AUGCGUCUGUGUUUGAUGAUGCUCCACUUGUUCACAAAUAAUCCAAAGAAAUGUUUCACAUGUAGUGUCUUUACGUUUAUAGACAAUCGACUUUUAUGUACGAAUCCUGGUACAUGCUACUCGGACUAUUGCUAUAGCUAUGUGCUGUCUGAUUUGAGGAGUAUGUUUCUCUCUGGAUGCGCCGAAGACUGGUCAGAUUUUGAGUUUAGAGGAGAAGACGACCGUAUUCUGUGUCAUGCCCACGGACACUUUGGUCUGUGUCUUUGCCGUGCAGGUGGCGAAUCUCCAUGCAAUAAUAUGUUCACAAGCAUAAGCAGUCCGAUCGAUACGCAUCAAUUCAAUGAGUUUCAGAAGGUGACCGGUUUCACUGCCGACUACGCCCGCAAUCGUGUUUUACAGAUGCGAGUUGAGGGUUUUCCAGAGAAAUUCCCAGGUUCACCUCUAAACACUGCACGAUUUUCUCUCACCUCCCUCCCAAUUAUCCUUAGUUUCGUGAUCUUUUCUUUUCUACAAUAA